AUGCCGACAAAAUUCAAUCAAGCAUAUUCAGAAUUAAUCGGGAAACUACCUCCUUCACUAGAAAAUGAAGCUUGGAAACGUCUUAUUUCUAGAAAGCGAAAUCCAAUAACAGAAGAGGACGCUAGUACCAUUAACCCCUUAAUAGAAUCAUUUUUGAAUUACGAAACCAAAUCUAAUAGGUCUAAAUCACCAAUUAUGUCAAGUAUUACUAUUUCUAUUAUUAUUGAUAAAAAAGCUAAAUCAGUGAAGCUCAUUAAUAAUCGUCCUGGAUGUGAUAUGAAAUAUGUAGAGUCAUAUAUCUACGAAUAUUGUGGUAUUAAUAAUUACCAACGAUACUUUGAUGAACUCUUCGAGACUGAAAGACAAUAUGAUACUUUAUCAGUUAUUCAACCCAAUGAAACUCCACAACAAUGGGCUAUUCGGGUCAGAGUUCCUUUACAAGAGCUGGUCUCUGAGGGGAAAAGAAGUUUAUAUCAUGUACAUUGUUUAUUUGGUGGAUUCGGAAAUUCUAAGCUAAUUAAUCAUGAUUACUACAGGCCUAGAAUCCAUAAAGCAAAUGUAGCGAUAUGUCUAGAUUGUAUGAAACUUAUUCAUAUUGAUAAUGUAAAACCAACAAAGACAUUUCAUUAUGCUAGAAGUAGAUAUGUCGAAAUUAUCAAGCCAGAAGACUUGAUGCAGAAACAUUGGGAUUAUGAGUGUGAUAAACCUAAAUCUCGAGAUGGUCAUGCAAGAAUUAUUCAAAGAGCUUGGAUACGAUUUCAAGAGAAAGAGCCAUCGAAUGCACGGCUUGCAUGGAAUAGCUUACCGAAUGAUAAUACUCCAGAUGGUAAGAAAUUUUUAGGUUUAACUCAACAUGAAGUGAAAAAUCCUCAGACUCGAGAACAAUUUAAUCAGUGGCGUACUAAAUGGAUUGAAUUAUAUAAAAACGAUCCCAAUCCCAUGAUGCUCAGUUCCAUUAUUAAUAGACAAUAUGAAGAAUAUUAUAUUCCGUAUAAUUGGAUAGAUUCUAAAAAGAGUCAAUUGCGGUCUAGAUUUCAAAAGCGACUUUCAGAAAUAGAAGCGUAA